UGAAAGACGGAUAUACAAUGGCAAUUGUAUGGCAAUACAUUGAAUUAACAUGCAAUUGCCUAAUGCAAACGGUGGGCACUGGACAGGAACUUCUUGUAUUUUUAUAUUUUAUAUAGUUAUAUUUUAAUGCCAGUCACACAAGAGACCGUUCCAAAAUAAUGUGGUUCCUGGUUAAGGAUUUAACAAAGGCAACACAGAACGCAAAAAAAAAAAUGCUUCCUCCUCCCUACUUCAUGUAAAACACGUAAACGACUUCAUUAGAGCCCCUUGAAGAAACGCAGAGCAAAUACCGAUAGAGAGACAGAGAGAGAGAGAGAUGUGAAGCCUCGCGAGACUGUGAAGAGAACUGCAAGACUCGGAGGGAAAAGUAAGAAAAAAAGGGCUUCUGACGAAAUAUCAACCAUCAAAAAUGUCUGGACGGUCUGUGCGAGCCGAGACGCGGAGUCGCGCAAAAGAUGACAUUAAAAAGGUGAUGGCGGCUAUCGAGAGAGUCCGGAGAUGGGAGAAGAAAUGGGUGACUGUUGGAGAUACUUCACUGAAAAUAUUUAAAUGGGUCCCUGUAUCCGAGACCAAGCAGAUAUUCAAGAGUAAAAGCCGCCCUGGGGCGCUGAAAGAAUUAAAAGGGUUCCGAACUGAUGUCGUUCUGGAAAACGCACGCUCUGUCCUUCUUGACUUCCAAGAUGACAACAGCAACCUGAGUUUUUCGUCAGAUGCCUACCAGCCCAGUGCCAAAGUGGACAGCAGCACAAACUCCAGUCCCCAGCAUGCCAGUGGAGCAGUGAGCCCCUCGCAGCCCUCUUUCUUCAGGACAGAGGACUCACAACCCCCCACACUUGGGCAGGAAACUAUGGAGGAGCCAACAUUACCAAGUUGUGAGGUGACUGAUGAGCCCCCGACCCUGAUCAAGGAGGACCUGCAGCCCCUCUCCACUUUAGAGGAGGAAGAGGCGUCCGCUAUUCCACCACAGAAGAGAACAUCCACAGAGCAAAACUCAGCGCUGAGCUAGCCCACAAUGCUUUGCAGUCAGGCGACCACUUCUCAACUCCAGCCAACACACACACACACACACACCCACAAUACAUGGACACCCUUUUGGUACUUUACAAAGCUUCAAAAUGAUCUGCUUCUUCAUUGUCUACUGUUUGUGGUGAAGAAUGAUGGUGGACCCAGCAGUUUUACAAAACUGCCUUUUGCUUUUAAAAAAAAAAAAAUUAUAUCACCUCCCAUGGAAAACUAGUGUGCGUCAUGAAAGUCACUUGUUAUAAAUAGCAGCACCUCAUCACAUUCACAGGUGUGUGGGGGUUGACACCAGCACAUAAAUCUUUCAGAUGUCAUGUUUUGAACUCUGCAAAAUGUUUAAAGUUUGUAUGUAUAUAAAUACUCCAGUUAAUGAGAAGAGUAAUACUCAUGUUGAGUGGCUUGCAAGUAUGGCUUGGUAAACAUUAUUUAAUCUCCGCUGAAGCGCCUUGCAUAUUGUCCUGCAUUUAACUGUAUUCAUUGACUGAUAAUUCUUUCUAUCACACACACACACACACACACACACACACACACACACACACACAC